AACGAGAGGCACUGACUUAAAUUUCUUUGUAGAAAAGCGCUUUAUGAAAGUAAGUACAUUUGCUAUUAAUUUACAACGCAGCCUUGACACAUUCAAUAUGGCGAUGAGGUUGACGUAUCGCGGCAGUGGACAAACUCACUCGGUGCGGCGUCUAUAACUAUGGUCUAGAUGGCCCGUGGCGUGGCCCGAGAGUGACUAGGGGCUGGCCACCCUGUAGCUACGCCAGUGGUUUUGACAUGAAAAGUCGUAGUCAACCGCAUAUGAUUUAUUAAUUUUUUUCUUGAAAAAACGAAGUGAAGCCGCGAAAUUCGAAACGUGAACUGCAAUUUUGAGCACUCCAUAUGGGAGAUUAUCAUCAUUUUACAAGCACGUCACCCGAGCAUCCCAUAAUUUAUCUAAUUAUUUUUAUUCUUUUAUUUAUUUCUUUUUAUUAGUGCAUUUCUAUGCUUGGACACUCCCUGUAGUCAAACAGCAGCCUAGAUGGAGUUAAACAAUGACCCCUGCUGGCCGCCGGCUGCUAUUACACCGCAGGUACACCGUCGAUACAGGAAACGCUUCUCGUCCGAGGAGGAUGUGGCUUUGGGCUCCACAUGUCCAGGUUGGUGCAACCCAUCUGCAGAGUACCGCCCCCUUCUUUUCAGACGCAGACUUGAGGAAGUCCAGUGCAUCCAGCAGCAGAAGACCAGGAGAGGAGGAGGGAACAGAAGUGAGUUAUAGUGAGACCCCCCACAUCCCUCAGGCUCACCCCAGGAAGAGGAAGAAGGGCGACCAUGAUCGACCUGAGCUACCUGACGGAGGAGGAGCAGGGGGUCAUCAUGACGGUGCUGAGGAGGGAUGCCCAACUCAAGAAGGCAGAGGAGCAGAGAGUCAGGAAACUAGAGAGCAUCCUCAGCGAAGGUUCAUCGCUGCCAGACUCCAAGCUUAAGUAUAUGACAGGCGAGUGGUUCUACGAGGCCAAGUCACGCAGACACAGGGACAAGAUCCAUGGCUCUGAGAUCAUCCUGGCCUCCAUGAAGCAGAAGAGAGCUUUUGAAGAAUCUUUUAGAGCCGAAAGACCAAAAGUGCCCAGCAGUCAAAGUUCUGACUCGGGGGCUCCACCAAAACCUGCCAGAUAUUUGGAUUCAUCAGAGCCACAGGAGCUAAGCAAUGCAGAGAAAGAGGACUUCAAAUCAGCCGUCCACUCUCCAAGAAUGACAAGACACAACCCUUUCAACAGAGUGUCCCUUAAUGUUGUCGAGCCCACUGAAGAUGCUUACAUCCACUCAAAGAGUCAAGAGCCAGAGACAGAGCCCGCCUCCUCCCUGAAGUAUCAACAACCAAGUGGGAGCAGUCAGACCUCAGAGACUUCCACCACGUCAGACGGCUCCUUUGCAGGGUUCAAGCCAGUGCCCAAAAAGAGGACAUUUACCUCAAAGCAAAACACCAGCCAGUCAGACAGCAGUGGCGUAGCCCUGGACCCUCAGGUGGGCUCAGUGGGGGUCGUCCCCGCCCCGAGGCAAAGCCUCUGGCAGGGCUCGAGCGGAAGCUCCAAUCAGUCCAACCUGAGGGGUCAAAAAAGUGAAGCUACGGUGUCUGUCCUACCGUUCCAUUCUGACGGGAUGUCCCAGCAGCCCCUGUGUGACGUGUCUCAGGUUAUGUCUCAUUCCAGUCUGGAGGGAGACAAAAAGCUAUUUUCCCUAAAUGUUGACAGAACAUUCCCAAGAGGCGGCGAGUCACUCAACACAGAAAAAGCACAGAUGACCAAAAACAAUUUAACCCAAAGAGAUCAGUCCGAUGGAACCACAGGAAGCAUCCUGCAUCCAGAGACUAGAGGCAGUGUGUUCACAGCACUGGAGGAACAUGAGUGGAGUUUACCUCCAAGUAUUGUGGGUGGCGAUCCUCCAAUAUCAUACGAUAUCAACUACACUGAGUUGUCUGAGCAGAAAGUGCAAAAGAGAUCACAUCAGAAACAUGCUUUCAAGUUGACCACGCAGACCUCCAGUCCCACCGGCAAUGAUGAGGACUCCAUUGCAAAAGUGCUGGACUGGUUCAACCGUAGCACCGAUAGUAGCAACUGGCUGAAUGCCAAAGACGAGCCCGAGGCUUCAAAGAGUCACUCUGGAAGCCACUAUGAGAAGGAUGCAUUGGUAACUGAGUUAAUAAAGAAAGAUGCAGGAGGUGUUGGAAGUAUUCAGGAGACGAAGAUGAAGAUGCUUUCAACGCAAGGACAAGAGGAUCUGCUGCCAAAGGAUGCUGGAGAUGGGAUAGUGAAAAAUGAAAAUGAAAGCCAAACACACAAAAAAAUCAGCAACAGAUACCCAAACACUAUUACAUCCAUGAUCCCGAGAGGUACAGUAGAAAAAGAAGAAUUGGGAAUCUUCAUUGGAAAGGUAACCUAUGCCAAAAAUGGAGAGGAUGAGCUGAAAUAUUUAAGAGACAACCAGAACGAGAUUGAAUUAGAUACACACAGUGAUAGCUUAACAUUAGGGAAGGGUUCAGACGUAGAGAUGUUAUGUGUCGAGCAACUGGCGCCACAAUCACAAUCAUCUCUGAGAUCCAGCUCAGAGUCAAAGGAGCUCAUUUCUGUCCAAACAUACCCACAAGUGGACACCAGUUACCAGUCCAGAGAUCCGGCAACAGAAGAAGAGCUGUCAUUGUUGACCCACACUCAACUCGUUGAUCCACUCUCUGAAAAGUUGUCAAGAACCAUCCACCCUGCACACUUAAAGACACAUGGGAACAAUGUUGAGACGUUCAGUAAAACACAGAGACAUUCAGGUGAAGAUUUGACAGAGAGACACGGUAAGGAUCAAAGUGCUCAAUCAAGCAUGUCUCCCAAAACAAAUGACCAAGCUGACAGUUCUCAAUCCUCAGUCCUCAUUCCUCAAGAAAGCACCACAAAGAAGAUCAAGCAGCUUAAAUCCUUCUGGGAGCAGGAGAAAACCAAGCCUGUGGUCCAUGACGGUAGACCCAACGCAGCUUGGGUUGCAAAGCUGAAUAAAAGAUUCUCCAAAUCAGAGUACGACUUGAGGGCCAUUAGCAACAAUUCAGGCAGCGAUGGAGAAGACUGUCAAAGAAACCAUUCAAAUCUGAGGUUAGAAAAAACGUCUCCGACACUUGGCACAAGCCGAGAGCACUUUAACAGCUUACUGGAGUUCUGGGGUGAUGCUACACCUGCCUCUAAGUCUGUUGACAAACCCAAAAGCCCCAGAAAACAACUGAAUAUUCAGCAUACACUUCAGGAGUUACAGAUUUCCGAGCCAGAGUCGUGCUGCUUAUCUCCUACUAGAACAUCUCAUAAUAGACAGAUGAAUGAUGCCACAAACAACCUUCCCAGUCCUCAGGUAGCUGAGUUGAGUGCAUCAAAAGAACCCAAAGAGAUUGUGGGAAGAGAGGAGAAAGCCGCAAAACCACUAACAUCUCAGACAAAGGAGGCUCAUUCUCCGAAGAAACGCAAAGACAGCUUCAGCCAUUCCAGCAGUCAUGGCAGGUCUAUGCGUCGAGCCACCAGCAUGUUCACACUUAUUGAUUCAGAACCAAGUUAUGGUCAGCUGAAGAUAGAUGUAAGCCCUGUCCACUCCCACAGCAGGAAACAGAGUGGAUAUCACAACAAAAGGCAAGCCUCAGAGGGAAGUGAGACUCCCCUCGCCAGGGCCUAUGUUCCUCGAGACUACCGCCACUACUUGGGGAUGGCAGAUGAAUCGAGCGCCCACUCCACCCCGAAGGAGGAGGUUUCUGAGGCCUUCAGUGGGCCUGUGAGGACCAGCACUCCUGUGGGCUCAGGGGAGAGAGGCUUCAAGAGGAGUACCAAGAUGAGUCCGCAUCACCUGUGGGCAAAUAACAGCAGCACAGACGCUGAUCCAGAGACUUCUGUAAGCAGCAUGUCUGAAUCCUGGUCCAAGUCGAGGAAUAUUUCCAAUGGUAAAAAUUAUGAUGACGACCAAAAUCCUGUGAGGAAAGCGUUACGGCGAGCAGAAGCUCGACCUAAACAUAAAAGUUUGGAGGACCUCACCGCAUCCUCGUCCCCAAGGCAAGAGAGAAGACAAGAUCCAACCGUUGACAUGAGACGAACCAGCAAUGAUUUUUUCACCUUGUGCUUUUGCACUGCUUUAGCGGUCAUGCCGUUACCUUCUUCAACCUUGUUCUCCGAUGCGGAGAACCUGAAGAAGAUGAGCAAAUCGGUUCCAUCAUUCUUGCAGAAGGAGGAUGACAACAACAUCUAUGAGGACGUUUUCUUCCAAGGAAGACACAUGAUGGACUUCUCUGACAUGGCCUCUGUCUCGUCUUUGAGCGGAAGUGUGAUGACCAUGGACAGUGGUGACUUUGGCAAUGUGGAGGUUCAAGGGAACAUCCAGUUCUCCAUCAACUACGUGAAAAAGCUCAGGGAGUUCCACAUCUUUGUGGCCGAGUGCCGAGACUUGGCCUCUGUCAACCCCAAGAGGGGGAACUCGGACCCCUAUGUCAAAAGCUACCUUGUCCCUGACAAAGUUCGCCUAGGAAAGAGGAAAACGUCUGUGAAGAAGAAGACACUUAAUCCGACUUUUAAUGAGAUCCUCAGGUAUCGAGUUGACAUGGACUAUCUCAGGACGCAGAUGCUUGUUCUCUCCGUUUGGCAUAACGACACAUUUGGUAGGAACAGCUUCUUGGGUGAGGUGGACGUAGACCUUUCCAAAUGGAACUGUGACCACACCCAGAUGAACGACUUAGCCCUGAAAUCCAGGACAUCACCCUCUCUGGCGCCGUCAAGUGGUCGAGGAGAGAUGAGACUUGCCGUACGUUUCCUGCCAAAGGUCAACUUGAGUGAAGGGUUAGCGAAAGAUCGUCCGACUGCAGGAGAGAUUCACAUUUGGGUAAAAGAAUGCAAGAACCUGCCUUUAAUCAGGACCACCAUCGACCCAUAUGUCAAGUGUUUCGUACUGCCGGACACAAGCAAAAAGAGUCGGCAAAAGACGCGCGUGCUGAAGAGAACGACGGAGCCCGUGUUUAACCACACCAUGGUGUAUGAUGGCAUCAGAGAGAUGGAUCUGGUGGAGGCUUGUGUGGAGCUCACCGUCUGGGACCGAGACAGGCUCACCAGCAACCUGCUGGGGGGCCUGAGGCUCGGUGCUGGGACAGGUCAGAGUUACGGGUCGGCCGUGGACUGGAUGGACUCUACUCCCUCGGAGGUGGCGCUGUGGGAGCGCAUGGCGGCAUCUCCCAGUGAAUGGGCGGAGGACGUGCUGCCUCUAAGAAUGCUGACCUCUGCCAAAACUGCCUUCAGAUAAGUAAAAGUACAUGACUGUUAUCAUACUGCCUUAACAACAAGAGCAGAAAUAUUAUAAUAAGCAUGACGUGAUAUGAAUACUUUAUCUGAACCACAAAAACACAUAUACAGUGACCAUCGGUCUGCACAACGACUGCUACAUGAACAACCAACUAAUGGCCCUUUCGAAAAUGCCUUCACCAUAUAGUUGUUUCAAUGGUAUGUUAUUUUUUUCCCCAUUUCUGCAAUAUACAAUCUUGUACUCUUUCAUUUAACACCACAGCUGUCCUUUUAACUGAACAAGUGGGGUUUGUUGCUCUCGCGCUCCCUCUACUGGUGUUCAGUGUCACCUACUGUAAGUCACCAUGGUGCAGUAAAUCCAAAUGGACAAUUUAAAAAGUAUUAAGAGAAAAACAUGUAGAAGAUCCAGGGUUCCCAUGGCAACAACAUACACACACUAUUCUCUUUAUUACAAGCAUUUUUAACAUGCUUUUUAACAUGCAUACAAUUAAUAUAUUAUUUUGUUUUUCAGAGAGAAGAUUAUAGCGCCGCUGCUUGAUGUGUGUGCUAACAGGCAGUGUGCUAGCAUGAAUUAACUUGAGGCUGUGCACACAACAAAUAUACACAUUAGCACUAAAUAACGUCAUCAAACUUUCCCUUUAUGCAUUCCCACAGAGUAUCAGCAUUUGGGAGCCCGAUAAAAAUACAGUAUAGUUGACAAUCUGUGCAGAGUGGGAGAAGGCUAACGCAAGUACAAUGGUGCAUUCAAGGACUGUUAAACAAAGUGGGACACUCACAACAAACAACAUAAACAUGUAAAAUUUUCAAACUAUAUUAUUUUUUAAAUAAAAUAAUGGCCCAUAUUUCCAAAAUUGAUAUGCAUUGACUUAAAAUUGUAUUUAGUUUUUUUACAAAGGUAUUUUUUUCAUCAUUGCGCCUGAAAGGUUUCCUCGGCCCAGUUCGGCCCCGCCCACGGACCGUUACUGGGCCCCUGCCAGGUGGUUGGGGACCCCUGCUUUAGAGGGUCAAAAAAUUGUAUUGCUUAAUUUAUGGAGUACAGAAUUUUUUAUAUGUCCUAUACGUAGAUUCCAAAGUUAUACCUGAAAGAAUUACAAAAAAAGAAAACUUACUUUGAGAAAUCAAGCCAACUUAGAAAGAUAUAACGAACAGUUAUGCUGUUAUUUAGAUAAAUAUAAAAAAAUAAAAAUGAUCAAAUUUAAAAUGAAUUAAUUCUGUUAUGCAUUAUUUUAUAAAAGUAUUUAAUUACUGAAAGGAAUUACAAAUAAAAGUUACAAAGAUGAACAAAAUUAGAGUAUUUCUUUAAAUAAAGAAAAAAAUCAUUUUUAGAAAGUUAUGCUCUUGAGAGGAAUUUAAAACAUGAACAAAAUAAUUCGCUCCUAAGAGGAAUUGAAAAACAGGUUUACAAGAAUGAAAUACAAAAAAAUAUACUUAGAGGAUUUUUUUUUAUACAUUUAGAGGAUUUAUACAUUACACAUGAAACACGCAAUACAAAAAAAGUCAUCAACAUCCUAACUCUUUGUACUCUCCAUGCCAUCUUAACAUCCAUAUCUUUUACAAGCUCUUAUGCUAACAUUGUAGCUUUAAAAUCUUGAUCGUAACAACUAUGUAUUGCAUGUAUCAUGAAUUACACUGCUGAAAAUGUUAUAUUGACAUGUGAAAACCUAAGUGGCAGUAUUGUUAUUUACUGGUUGAAUGUGACUGCAUGUCUGCUGUAUGAUGAACUGUUGCACUUAAUUGUAACUAUUAAAGAAAUGUAGUGUAGCUACAGUACCGUGAGCCUCCUUUGGCUGUUUUGUCCAAUAAAAUCCAUGUAUUUUACAUUUAUCUGAGAGAUAGACUCAUGGACCACAACUGCACAAUAAACAAUCAUUUUCA